AUGAAACGAAAACUUGUUUUGACCAAAGACGAUCGAGAUGACGAAUAUUAUGCAGUUAUUAUCGGUGCCGGCUUUUCUGGUAUAGGCAUUGGAAUCAAAUUACAUGAGGCUGGCAUGUAUAAAUAUGUAAUAUUGGAACGUCUAUCACACAUCGGUGGUACUUGGUAUGCUAAUCAAUAUCCAGGUUGUGCUUGCGAUAUUCCAUCGAAUCUUUACUCGUUUUCAUUCGAACCCAAUUCACAAUGGUCAUAUUUUUACGGUCGACAACAAGAAAUAGCCGAAUAUAUGGAACAUUGUGCAGACAAAUAUGAUCUUCGUCGACACAUUGAAUUCAAUACAACAGUUAUUCGUUGUGAUUGGCUCGACGAACGACAAGUAUGGAGAGUAACAACUCGGUUGAAGAAUGAUCAAGAGAAACAAUUCUUCUGUCGAAUAUUAAUUUCUGGUAAUGGACCUUUGUCGAAUGGUGCCUAUCCAACGAAUAUCCCAGGAAUUGAUAAAUUUCAAGGUCGAAUGUGUCACACAGCUGAAUGGGAUAAGUCAAUUGAUUUCAUCAAUAAACGAGUGGCUGUCGUGGGAACUGGUUCUAGUGGAGUUCAAGUUGUGCCCGAAUUAUACAAGAUGAAUGUGUCAAAAUUGUACGUCUUUCAACGUACACCUGCCUGGAAAUUCAAUCGAGGAAUUAUCUAUUGGAUAUAUGAAUCGACUGCACUUUCGUUUACUUACCGAUUACCAAUUCGACAUAUAUGUCAAGAAUUAGUCAAUUAUAAUCUUACGAGACAAGUUAAAGAUAAAGAAUUACGAAAGGAAUUGACACCAUCAUUCGAUGUUGGUUGUAAACGAAUUUUAAUUAGUAAUGAUUGGUAUCCAACAUUGCAAAAACCCAAUGUAUUGCUUGUUACUAGUCGAAUACGAGAAGUGACAUCGAAUUCAAUUAUUACUCAAGAUGGUAACGAAUAUCCUGUUGAUAUUAUCGUAUGGUCAACUGGAUUUCAAGUGCAUAAAAUUCCGUUUGAAAUUUUUGGCUCAAAUGGUUUUUCACUUUCUAAACUAUGGGCGGAAACAAUUCAGGCCUACCGUGGUAUGACUAUGCCUAACUUUCCUAAUCUAUUUUUAAUCCUAGGUCCGAAUGUAAGUUUUGGUUAUAAUACGACUAUAUUCAUGAUCGAAGCGCAAUUGAAUUAUAUUAUGGAGGCGCUUCUAUUUAUGCAAGAAAGUGAUGUAAGUUCCAUAUCGAUUAAGCAAAAUGUUUUUGAACAAUACAAUCAACAAUUACAAUCAAAACUGAAAAAUACAGUGUGGCAAUUAGGUAGUUGUCGUUCAUAUUACCAAGAUGCUCAUGGGAAUAAUAUAGGUAAUUGGCCCGAUUUUACAUGGAUCUAUUAUUUAUUUAUGCGAAAUUUUGAUCAUAAAAAUUAUCAGAUAACCAAAAUGUAA